AUGGCCGAGGAAGUGCACAAUUUCGACCCCAAGUACGACGACUAUGACUUUCCCACAACGUCACCCGAGGCGCGAUCUGGCCAUCCCGGACACACGACCCCAGAGCAGGAUGCAAAGGUCUUCCAGCUGCGCACCAUGCUUGAGCAAGAGGGAUACACCGAGCGUCUAGACACGCUGACCCUGCUGCGGUUCUUGCGGGCUCGGAAGUUUGUCGUUGAGGCUGCCAAGACUAUGUUCAUUGAAAGCGAAAAAUGGAGAAAGGAGUUUGGAACGGAUGAACUGGUCGAUACCUUUAACUAUGUCGAGAAGCCCAAGGUUUUUGAAUACUACCCACAGUACUACCACAAGACCGACAAUGACGGUCGCCCCGUCUACAUCGAAAAGCUGGGCAAAAUCGACCUGACUGCCAUGUACAAAAUCACCACGGGAGAACGAAUGCUCUCAAACCUGGUCUGCGAGUACGAGAAACUGACCGAUCCCCGUCUCCCCGCCUGCUCUCGCAAGGCCGGCAAACUGCUCGAGACGUGCUGCACCAUUAUGGAUCUCAAGGGCGUCGGCAUCACCAGCGUGUCCUCGGUAUACGGGUAUGUGCGCCAGGCAUCGGCCAUCUCGCAAAACUACUAUCCCGAGCGCCUCGGCAAGCUCUACCUCAUCAACGCCCCCUGGGGAUUCAGCACUGCCUUCUCCGCCGUCAAGAGCUUCCUGGACCCCGUCACCGUCGAGAAAAUCCAUAUCCUAGGCUCCGGCUACCAGUCCGAAUUGCUCGCCCAAGUGCCCCGCGAGAACCUCCCCGUCGAAUUCGGCGGUACCUGCAACUGUGAGGGUGGCUGCGAGCUCAGUGAUGCCGGCCCAUGGCAAGAGCCUGAGUGGACAAGACCACCAAAGCGCGCGGCCAAGUCUAAGUCUGAGCAGGAGAAAGUAACCCCCGCUGCGCCUGAAGACGCUCCCGCUGCGGCGGAGGAUGCCCCGGCUACUGCCACUGCUUAA